ACACGUUGGAGGCACCCGACCAACUUCAGUUUCGGGAGCAGCUGAGAGCUUGGCGAGGGGUCUGCAAGGCGUCGGGAUCUGGCUGCGGAGGUCGCUGGUUUGACUGUCCCGACUCGGUUGUGACGGUCGCAAUGUUUUUCUCCCAGGCCGGGGCACGGGCACGGCCACGCACGUGGGAAGCCAGCCCCUCAGAGCACAAGAAAUGGGUGGAAGUAUUCAAAGCAUGUGAUGAAGAUAACAAAGGCUAUCUUAGCAGAGAGGACUUUAAAGUUGCUGUUGUAAUGCUGUUUGGGUACAAGCCCUCCAAGAUAGAGGCCGAUGCUGUGAUGUCUUCAGUAAAUCCAAGCACUUCUGGUAUAGCACUUGAGGAGUUUCUAAGCAUUGUGAGGAGGAAGAAGGAAGCUCAGCUGUACUGGAAUGAAAUGAGACACAUCUUCACAGCUUUUGACAGGCACUAUCGUGGAUAUUUAACCUUGGAAGAUUUCCAAAAAGCAUUCAAACAGGUGGCUCCCAAGUUACCAGAAAGGAUUGUUCUCGAGGUUUUCAGGACUGCUGACAUUUCAGCCAUCGGACUUGGGUUCCAGCGAGGCAGGAGGAAAGGGAACAGAAGGUAUGUCCCUGUGACCAACACUGAGUUCCAGGGCCAUGUGGACAAUGUCUUCAUGUGCCCUGAGUUUCUGACACUGAAGGAGAGAAUGGACAUUGAGGGGGGGGCAUCUGGCAGGUGUUCCCAUUUGGGAUAAAAAUAAUUUAAUGAAAUCUGACCAGAAGUCAGCCCUGCCCAUUAGAAAUUAUCAAGUAGGUUGUUGGAAAUAGGAUUUGCACUCACUGUUAUUGACAGUGACAUGUAUGAAAUUCUCUUGCUGCGUCAGUCACAAGCCAGUCAUGCAAACUCCUGAAGGAGAGCGAAGCAGUUAAAGGCACAUGCAGACAGCGCCACAGGACAGCAUUGCUUAGUUGACUGUGGAACCCCAAGUUCUUUAAACCAUA